GCUUUACGGGCGUUGUUUGGUUUCACUUCAAGAUGGCAGCGAAACUGUUCAUCCUUUUCCUUGCCCUGGGAGCAAUCCAAAGCGCUUAUUCAGGUAAGGAAAGCCAUCUCUACGGCUGCGCUUCUGCGUAGGCCAUUUGCAGCGCAUAUUUCUGUGGUGAAAUAGAUCUCGUCUUCUAACUAUCCUACUGAUCGAGUGUCUUGCUGCCACAUUCCAAGGUAGUUUGCUAUUCAGGUCACAUCUUUCCCGCUUAAGGAAGCCAAUUUGCUUGGUGUAGCAACCAAUUUCUACUAGUGCAGAGAGUAGAUUCGGUUUGUUAUACGAAAAAUUACUGCAAUCGCGCACCGAAGAAGAACAGGAGGAAGUACAUAAAGCAAAAUUUAAGAGCGACGGUCAGGAAAAAUCGACCAAAAUCUUAAUUUCGUGGCAAGAGUUCAAAAUCAAUUUCUUUCAUUUUUUGUUCAUAGAUAGCUGUUAGGUAGAUAAGAAACCUAAUGUAGAUUGUUCCAGCCAAAAGCCUUUUAUAUGUGAGAAAAAGUAGAAGAUCGGUUUUCGAUGUCGGAGUCUCAGACUGCCCUAAUUUUUAACCUGAAAUUCGCUAACAUCAACUUUCCUCCCGUUCGCAAAAAAAGCCGCAUGGAGAAAUUUGGACACUUUCAAUGAACCAAAAAUUCUUCUUCUUACACUAAAAGAUACUUUCAGGGCAAUAGGGAAGCUCGUCGUACUGAAAUAAUUAAAAAAUGAUGGAUAGGUUUUCAGGAUGACAAAACUUAAGUUCGUUAUUCAUUUUCGACAGCAAUAUUUAACAUGUGGUAUAACUCCAAGUUCUCUUCAUGCUAUUUAUAUCACACAUUUAGACAUUCAUUUAAAACAUACCUGGGAAUUGGCUCGGGUUAUUAAAGGAAAUCUGUGUAAGACACCAUGGAAGUUCAGGAAUUUUCAUUGUAGGCCGGCGAUAAUUGUGUAAACACUUCCAAUUUCGAAACGCACAAUUUCGUACUUUUUGUGGGUUUUCCCAUUGCAAAGUUGCUUUUUUCAUCCAAAGAGUGGGGUAAAAAGUAGCCUGUUCCAAGAGUUCAGAUAGUGGAGAGCGGUGCGAAGUAAAGAAAGCGAUGAAAAGUAGAGGGGAACUGGGGAGAGAGGUGCGGGAACGCUUGUAAGAAUUUGUAACAAAAGCGCGUUCCGGUAUACCAGAUCCUGGUAUACCCUCUGAUUGGUUGAUUUUGACAGUUUUUGUCAACAGUGGAGCGUCUUCGAUCACAGCGAGAAAUGCGAUAUGGCGGUGAUGACAGACUCUACGUCCCGUCCAGAAUUCGAACUCGCAACAAACACAGCGCUGAGCGACUCUCCAAACGUGGAGGAUAAACGCGAAGAGCAAAGGAACUGUUUAAAACACGUAGUCGGCAGGAUAGAUGUCUUCACAAUUUCACCGACUGGCUGUGCAAAAAGACUUAUUUUCCAGCUUUUUCCUUGAAUAAAGCGUGCGUCGGAAUGAAGGCAGGAUAGAAUAACAAUUACGAUUGUUGUGGUAACUCCGUUGAUUGCCAUCAUGAAAGACCAAGUGGAACAUUUGAACAAAAUCAGAGUAGCGGCGGCAAUGAUGGGAGAAGAUGUGGAUGAAGCCGUUAAAAGUGGAAGUUGUGAAAUUGUAUGAUCCUUAAAAAUUCACUCAAAGGCGAACUGCAGUCACAAAUCGUGGUUGUCUAAGGAAUGGACAAAAGGACUUCAAAAGGAAAGCUUGGAAAGCAAGUUGCAGCUAUCGCUAUUGACGAGGUCCACUCAAUCACCGAAUAGUAAAUUUUCCCUUCGUUUGUUGGGCAUUUUCAUUGCUCGAGUUAACGAUCUGUAUUGAAACGGCUUUCUAUCGAAAUGAGCGAUAUUUGUUGUCACUUGAUUCAUAAUUUUUUUGUCACGUACACGCUGAAAUCAUGUUUUAAAGCCGUAAAUAAAUUACUUCUUCCGCUCUCUAUUGUCUGAAAGUCUUACAUCAGGUUUUUAGUAAGAUUAUGUAUACAUAAUAUUAAUUUUUGAUCCGAGAAAUUUUGAUGUAUUCGUUAGAAAAAUAAUAAAUGUAUGGGGCUGUAACAUCAGUCUUGAUUGACAAGUGAAGACCACCUACAGCUGAUGAGGUCUCAGUGGGCGGAUGAGUCUAUUUAAAACAAAUCUAACAGGCGUUCCCUCUCUCACCUCUCCCCCUCCCUCGCUUUUAUUUUUUCGCGCUCCUUUUACUUCGCACCGCUCCCCACUAUCUGAACGCCUGGAACAGGCUAGGUAAAAAGGCGAAACUGGGUCAAUUUUAGCCACUUUGAAACACUCACUCUACCAGCCGGCGACUCUGCGUGACAAUCUGUUCCGUGAGUGCACGUGACAUAACAUACAUUUGAAGAGACGGGAGCCGUCAAAAUGACAGUCACGGAAUCAAGGUAGUAACGCAACGGAAUUCUUGAAAGAGUAACAUUUUCGAUGCCGACAGUCAGUUUUGAAGAAGAAAAAAUCAAACGCGCUAGUAUUCUGGUACUCACUUUUUAUCGAAAAAUAAGGACUUUAACAAUGGUAAUUCGCUAAGGAUGAGGGAACAGGAAGAUAUUUCUUCUUGUUACUUUACGAUCGAGGAAACUUGGUGCCGUUAAAUAAGUUAUUUUGGUCACGCUUCACUAUAUUUACCGGACUUCGAUGCUUUCGUUUGGAGGCUGCCUUCAGGAACCCAAGCCAAUUCUCAGGUAUGUUUUAGAUGAAUGUCUAAAUGUGUGAAUAGACGAGGACUGGGAAAAUUUGGAGCUAUACCACAGGAAAAAUAAUGCCCCAGAAAACAACUAUUAAAUUAAAGUUUUUGUGACCGUAAAAACCUGUUCUUCGUUUUUGAAUUAUGUCAGUUCAACAAGUCUUGAUAUUGCUUUGAAAGUAUCUUCUAGUAUAGCGAAAGAAGAAGAGUGGUUCUAUUGAUGGAAAGUGUUCAAAUUUCUACUUGCGCCUUUAUUUGCGAACACGAGGAGAGUUGAUGUUAGCAAAUUUCGGGUUGAAAAUUUACGUUGAAAAUUACUUCAUCAACGCCAUAAAAGCAUAUGCGCGAGUGUUUUUGCGCCCACCUGGUCUAAAGCUAGGAUGUUAAUUCUCAUUUUUUGUUGUGUUAGAUAGGAAAUGUCAUUUUAGCACUAGCUUGAGUAGAGUUUCUUGAAGGAGGAACUAUUGAGCGGCGGGGAAUAGCGCUUUGCACUAUCCGUAGUUACUAAAACAUGGAACGACCUAAAACCACCUAAAACUACCUAAAACCAUCUACAACCACCUAAAACCACCUACAACCACCUCAAAAACAUCUACAACCACUCGCAAACAAUCUAAAACCAUCUAAAACAGGGUAUAAAUGUCUGAAAUAGUUUCACACAAAUGUAUAGACCGAAUGCAAAUAUGGCGGACCUCUCGGCCGGCCCGGGUCUAGUUGCGCGAAAGCGAGGCUAGUUAGGCCUCGAGAGUUUUGUUUUGACUGCUCGUCUUAGCGAUUGAGGCGAUCGAUAUGGUUUGCAUCGAGUUGUUGCAUGCCUGAGGGCCACCAAAAUAAGAUUUUCCUCUAGCUGGAAUAGCCUUUACUUUCCCGAGAUCCUUUCACAAAGAAACUUAAGGAUUCAUGCGAUUCGGCGCGGCGAUGGGAAGCACUUUACAGCGAAACUGUGCUCGCUCACUUGCUUUAGAUGAGAAGACUCACGAAAGUAUUUGAAUGAAAUAAUUUUCACAAGAGAUGGUGCUGUUCCUAGAUUUUUGCAUGGUCUGUCAUUUAUCCAACAAAAAGUAAACGUUUUCGAGAACGGAAGCAUCCGCGGUCGACCGUAAGAUCUUUUAGAUUUCACGCUGAAAACAGCUUCAUUAAUAUUAAAAUAUAACAACAACGAUAACAAUCGCCUGUUAAUCCUACAAGCGUGGCCUGUGCAACUAUGUAAGAACCAGAAGAAAGCGACAUAUUUCAAGAACAGUCCUUGAACAAAAUGCACUGAAAAAACUAACGGAGGAACCGUUGCCAACUAAGAAAGUCAAGAAGAAGAAAAAAGGUUCUGGAAGAAAAAGAGCGUGCAAGUAUUCGAGCAUUGUAUUUGACCUUGCGCGUGAUCUAUUUUAGCAACUUGUCGAAUGGUUUCGGGAUAAACUAACAGCGAUUUUCCAAAAAUUGCUUCUUUUAUGGCACUGCUCAAACUCUUGAACACAGGAUCGUGAAGACUGUGAAAAAACAUUCGCCCUUGUUGUUUGUCGUUGUGUCCUUGAGAGCGCCUAAAGAUUGGUAAGUCGCGACGGCGGAUUCACUCGUUCUCGAGGAUAUUUACCUUUCCUUGGUAAGAAAACGGACAAAGCAAACUUGAAGCAGAACCAUGAAUCGUUCAGUUAUUCACCCAUUCUAAUAGUUUCGUGAGUCUUCUCUUCUGAAGUGAUCGUUCUUUUAAAAAAUAACUCCGUGAUAGUAGAGUGCCUCCAUUCGCCGCCAAUCUCUUGAAUCCAUUUAUUUCUUCGUAAAGAACUUUGGCAAAGCGAAGAUAAUAAACUUUCGUCUCUGCUGGAGUUAAAUCUCCUCUUUGAUGGCUCUUAAGCAUGUAACAACUCAAAGGAAACCACAUUCAUCGACUGAAUCGCUAAGACGCGCAGUCAAAACAAAACUAUCGAGGCCUCACUAGCCUCGCUUUCGCACAACUAGACCCGGGCCGACCGAGAGAUCCGCCAUAUUUGCAUUCGGUCUAUGUAGUCCCGCAGAAUCCUUUAGUCUAGUGUGAACGUGUCUCACUUGUAGAGCCUGAUUUUAUACAGCUAUUAACCCGUUUGCAGUUGCAAGAGUUAGAAAACAUUACAUAAUGAUAUUUGAUAAUUCUUUUCAGCAAAAUGAAUCAAAACGUUCUUACCAGUAACAUCCCUUGGUGGGGAGGGAAGACCCGAAUAUGUGAUCCAAAUUUUUCGUUCCGUUUUAGGUCGUAAAGUUCCAGCUACUCUAGCCUGUGCCAGGCUUUCAGAUAGUAUAGUGGGGACGUAUUUACAACAAGCAAAGCGAAAAUAAGAAGCGCGCAUAUCCCAUCAUCCCCAAGAAGAGGGCCGGGGUGAAAGUUGGGUUCCAAAACAUAAUAAAGGUAUAUAAAAAUCCAGGUAAAUUACUUUAAAUACAAUCAUUCACUAUUAAAAUUUUUCAACCCAUUUUUAUUAAUUUCGGCUCCUCUUAACUUGUUUUCUUCUGAAUCCAUUGCAUUAUAGAUUUUUUUAAAUAACAUUUUUAACAAUGAUUACACCUACUAGUCUCCGUUUCCUGUGUCGUGACGCAAGGGAGUUUAGCCUUGCGUGAUGACACAGGAAUCGGGUGUGAAAGACACUAGGGUUCAUCUAAAGGAGUCACCUGGAAUGUACAAACAUGUUUGGCAGAUGAGAUGCUAAAAAAAUUAACUUGUUCUUAGGAAUGUAAUCCGCCACCUCAGAACAAAACAGCAGUGAAGCAGACUCCGAGAGAGAGAGAAACCCUACCUUGCGCCAUUGCGUAAACAAAUGAAACGUGAACCAAAACGUCUCAUGUCUUUCGACUACGAGUUUGUUAUUUUAUUUUAUUAUUUUUUGUGACUUGACAGUUUAUUUUGUAAAGUUCUUUAAGUCUUUUAAUAUACUUAGCAUGAUCUCGCAUUUCUUUUCGUGACUUAAGCCAAUGGUUGAUGAUACAAGGGACCAGGGAGAGUAAGAUUUUAGGGGGAAGUGGAUGUUUUGUUCGAUUCUCGUAUUUCAUGUUCGUGACAUGUUGUCGUCUCGCCUUAUUUCAGACAUUUAUACCUUGUUUUAGAUGGUUUUAGAUUGUUUGCGAGUGGUUGUAGAUGUUUUUGAGGUGGUUGUAGAUGGUUGUAGAUGGUUGUAGGUGGUUGUUGAAUUUUUUGAGGUGGUUGUAGGUAGUUUUAGAUGGUUGUAGACGGUUUUAGGUGGUUUUAGGUCGUUCCAUGUUUUAGUAACUACGUUGCACUAUCACUAGAAAUAGGUUUGUCACCUAAGACCCCCCCGCGCGACUCAGACAAACUCCACAUUUAACUCCAAGGCAUGGGAAACAUGCGUCUCCGACAUGAAAAUUGUUCUUAAAAUACGCAGUGAGCGUUUUUAAAAUGUUUUAUGAGCUUAAUUCCAAUAUAUAAAAGGUAUGACUGCUAUAGGGAGCAAAACAUGGUCCAGUGACUCAAAUAAAUGGUUAAAAUCAGAAAAUAAAGCGACUCGAUCAAAGUAGGCCCGACCUAUCCAAUCGAACCCAAUCGAACACCAGUCGUUCGAUUGCUGAACUCAAUCGAACAUAAUCGAAUUCACAAUAAAAUUUUGCCAAUCGAAAACAGUCGAACGUUCGAUUACCGAACGAUUGGUAAUCGAACCCAAUCGAACGUUCGAUUACCGAACGAUUGGUAUAAUCGAACGUUCGAUUAACGGACGCCGCAUCGCAUGAUAGGCACGUGGUAUUGGAAAAUUCCGAAGGUGAAAGUGAAAUCACCGCUAACUCCCUUCCCUUUUUACGCGGCUUUUGCUGAGCACUGAAACCCAGGACUGAAAUGUCUGAAAUGUCAAACACGGAGGAGAGGGAGGACACUGCAUGUAUUGAAAUUACAUGCAGUGUAAAAGGUUACCAAGAAUGUAAUUUUACUGUUGAUGUGGGAGAAGAAUUCUUUAUCUUCAACAAGAUUGGCUCUAAGGGAAGAGCAUUCAAGGUUACCAACACUAAAGCGCAGUUAGGAAAUCUUGAGCGGACGUUGGUCUCACCACUUUGGCCCUUUAAGGACGGGAUGAAAUGGUGAGUUAUGAUCCCACUUACGGGCACUUAUGCUAAACGGAUUUUGUUUUCACCGGGUUUUAAGGAGAAAAUGGCCGUGUUUUCACGAGCGACUUUCAACCGGAAAUCUCGUGAAAACAGUUACUUUUCCGACUCGCUUAGGAAUUCUCAUUAAAUUUAAGCCACCAAACAGUUGGCAAUUAACUUCGGCCAAUUAGGAUGCGCUUGUGGUCAAACAUUUGACCAAUGUUGUCAAAUCGGAAAAAGAACACGCGUUCUAUUUUUGCGCCUCGUCCAGGGCGAACAGUGGUGUUCGUGUCAAGCGGAAAUGCCACGAGGGAUAACAGAAACUUCCCCCGGGAAUAACAGGAGAAUUGUUUUCCUUCCUGUUUAUUCAAUAAAAGCUGACAAUGAUUAUAUUCCACGUGUUUUACUCAGUUUGAGGCGUCAAGAGACAAUUGCAUUGGAUUAGUUCGAUUUUGUUCGAUUUUGUUCGAUUAUAUUGGUUCGAUUGGUUCGAAAAUCGAACUCACAGCAAAAUAGGUGUUCGAUUUUGUUCGAUUGCCCAACCCAACCGAACGAUUGGAGUUCGAUUGGGUUCGAUUGGUUUUUUGUUCGGUUUUGUUCGAUUGGAUAGGUCGGGUGUAGGCUACAGAAAUCGGAUCCCUAGCUCUGUGCCUUAGGCAUAAAGCACUGCGAUGCACUGAAACAUGGCAUAACAUUAUCGAAUGUGUACUUCUCCAAAACCG